UGCAGCAGAAUGGCAGAAACAUUUCUACUGUGGUUCUUCUAUCUGACCUCACUGCUGUGCCACACAACAAAUCAAGCUCGACUGACUGUGAGCCCCAGCAGCUCUCAGCUGUUUGAAGGUGACUUUUUGUCUCUGAGCUGUGAGGGGGAGGACGGCCCUGCUGGAUGGACUGUGAGGAGGAACACGUCCAAACGACAGAGGAGUCGGUGUGGAGAUGGGUGGGGAAAACAAGUUGGUUCUUCAUGUGCCAUCACCUACAUCUUCAGAAGGGACAGUGGUGUUUACUGGUGUGAGUGCAGAGAGGGAAUAACCAGUAACACUGUCAACAUCACUGUGACUGGUGGCCCAGUGAUCCUGCAGAGUCCUGUGCUUCCUGUGAUGGAGGGAGAGACCAUCACACUGCUCUGUAAAGCAAAGUCCACACCUUCAAACCUCCCAGCUGCUUUCUAUAAAGAUGGCUCCUUCAUCGGGACUGAGUCGACAGGUCACAUGACCAUUCCUCGUGUUUCCAUGUCUGAUGAAGGCCUCUACAAAUGUCACAUUAGUCAUCAUGGAGAGUCUCCACCCAGCUGGAUCACUGUCACAGGUGUGACACCUGGAAGGUGA